AUGUCCUAUAUAAAAUACUGCAAACCAAGACCGCGGGCCAACAACAGGACGCAGAAGCUCCAGACGUUCGUUGUCGACGAUGAAGAGCAGCCCAUCGCCCAUUGUGAAAACUCUUAUGGCGAGUGGGUUCGUCGCGCGCCUUUGCCAUCUUGUGAACUUGUCCGAUGCAUCCAGCGUGGCUUCUCGAAGCGACAGCCGGAGAGUGCGACGAACCUGGAUACAACAUGGCGUGUUGGUGACCGCAUUGCAGAACAGAAUUGGCAGUGA